AUGUCUGUCGCCCAAGAAGCCGAGGCCGCUAACGCCAAAUACGCUGCCGCCUUUACAAAGGGAGAUCUCCCUCUUCCUCCUGCUCGAAAGGUCGCCAUUGUAGCAUGCAUGGACGCUCGCCUUGACACUGCUCGUGCCCUUGGUCUUGAGGAAGGUGACGCCCAUGUCAUCCGAAAUGCAGGUGGACGUGUGACGGAUGCUUUGCGCAGUCUUGUCAUCUCUCAACAACUGCUCGGUACUCGAGAGAUCAUCAUUGUGCACCACACCGACUGUGGAAUGCUUACAUUCACUGACGAGUCGAUCCGUGACAAAGUCCGCCAAGAACUAAAGCAGAAUGUCGACCACGUUGCCUUCCUCCCUUUCAACGAUGUGCGCCAGAGUGUUCUGGAUGACAUUAAGUUGGUGAAGGAUAGUCCACUUGUAUUGGAUGUCCCAGUCACCGGGUAUAUCUAUGAAGUUGAGACAGGAAAGAUUGUCAAGGUCGAGUAA